GUUUACAAGCAUGGCUUCUUCACCAAUGUAUGGUACCUUAUCAAUGGUGUCUGAAAAUAUAGGUGCGAUUCUUACAACUCGUAAUGACGCUAGUCGUGAACGUAUAAUAACUGAGACUGACUUUGUCACAACAUUCAUAAGUGCGACGACUGAAAAUUCUACUACCAACGUCACACUGAACGGAAAUGUGGUCACUACGGUAGAUGAGGAUGAUACUCUCGAGCAUGCAAAGUAUUACGAUGUGCAUAUUCUUAUUAUUGUGUGUAUAAUGUGCAGUGCUGCCAUUCUUGGCAAUUCUUUAUUAAUCGCAGUUCUGAAUCAAAUUCCGGGCAAGAAGACUCACCUGUUGAUCAUAAACUUAGCUAUAGGCGACCUUGGCGAAGCUGCCAUGUUUCUGAUUGAUGAGAUUAUAUAUCCAUGGACUGGGAGCGAACCGUGUGUAACGAUGGUGACUUCGGCUAUUUUUAGAAUGUUUGAUUGUGUUUCUAUUCUAUCGUUGUUUGCAUUAGCUAUAAGCCAAACUAUGGCCAUCUGCAGACCUUUACACUAUCCAUCAUUGGUGACUCGCACCAGGGUCCGAAUGACUGUACUUAUCAUUUGGUUGGUUAGUUUGGUUCUCCCACUUAUAGGAAUACUGGUACCUCUGGGAGAUUCCAAUUGGGCGUCCUGUUCCUGGACGCAUAUCGCCUACGAUGUCACCGAGUGGAUCUUCUCAAUUGUCCUAAUCUUUGAAGUGUUUGUCAUCAUCGUUCUCUAUGUUAGAGCCUAUCUUCAAGUCCAGGCAUACAAGAAUAGAAAAUCAGAGCUUACCCAAGGUAUGAGUGUGGAACAGAAUAGGAAAGCUUUUCUUACGACAAUGAUAGUCCUUAGCACUCUUGUUAUUACCUGGCUCCCUUACCUGAUGUACCGCUUCUUUGUUUGGAACAUCAUGUUUAAAUUUAACCCUGAUUCUGUAACGGAAGUACACACGGAUGUCUACAUGAACUUCAUUGUGUUCUUGCCUGUCGUUAACACCAUCAGUGAUCCCAUCAUUUACGGUGCCCGCAUGCCGGAUGUCCAGCGAGGGCUUAAGAGAUUUUUCAAAUGUUGCCAAAAGAACCGAGAUAUACAACGGAAUGAUACUACUAGUUUUACUACUUCUUUACGUACUAACACAAAAGUGAAUGGCACUAACAAUAGCAUCCAUAAUGCACAUUUGGCUAAUGUUAUUAAAAAGAACAUGGUACCUGUCGAAGUAAACGUUGCAAAGAAUGGUAAUCAUUUCCAUAUGACUAUCGACAACAAAACUCCCAAUAAGCUAUCUAAUCUUGAUACAACUGACACUGUAAAGCGGAAACAGGAGGAGAAAUGUAUCAGAAAUCAACUUCAAAAUGACCUUGAUACAUCUGCAGAGACAAGGUUAUAAAUGUGAACUAGUCAUUGAGAUAACCGCUGUAUCUACUCUUCAUCCUCGCAAGCGAUAUAUUGCAUUUAAGAAGGGAGCUGAUACAUCAGAAUGACAGGAAAUAACUAAACAGCAAAGAAGAAUUACACGUUUUUACGCCAUACUUUCAAGAACUGACGAAAAGCCAUUACUUCGGAAUGUUGCGAGUGUUUAUAAUAUGGCAUCAUCUAAACAACUUACACACACAAACAACUAAAAAUCAAAUAAGCACUCUGGGUUCUGCGGAAACAGAAAAUAAGUGGUAACUAGGGAAACCAAAUAAUAUCACUGGGCGAAAGAAAAUAGUUCGAGGAACGAAAUCAAAUUGAACAAAAGAAGAUUUUCGUUUGUAAAUACUUAUUAAGAUAUCAUCAUACUUAAUUAAUCAUGUGUAGCCUGAAAUCAUGAUAUCCUCUAUUGACAAAUCAAUUUCUAAUCCCAUUGUAUAAAAAGAUAGUAUUUAUU